AUGAUUUUCCUUCAACAUUUGAUCACAGUCACCCUGGUGUUGGCAACGGCCAUACACGCUUACCCAGCACGCGACACUCAAGCAUGGUCCAAGCUACGGAAUAACAUCAAACAUGUCAUCUACCUAACUCUGGAAAACCACUCAUUUGACAACAUUGCCGGCUACUGGGACUUUCACCCGGACAUCGACAACCUCCGCGACAUCACAUUCUGCAACGACUACACUAACCCAAACUGGACAGUCUACGGUGAGCCACUGGACAUCUGCGCAGAACCCUACGCAACCGAAGUACCACUCAAAGACCCAGAUCACAACUUCGGCGGCGUGACAUAUGAGAUCUUCCGCAAGUGGAAUGUAUCCAAGACCGACGUUCCUAACAUGGGAGGCUUUGUGGAGCGCCAGUCAGAGAAGUACAAUGCCACGCCGGGUGAUUCAGCGUUCGUGAUCAAGGCCCUGAACCAGAAGAAGACGGCGACGCUGGCUGAGCUGGCGAACAACUUUGCCUUCUUUGAUUCCUAUUUCUGCGAACACCCGGGUCCCACCAAUCCAAACCGUCAGUUUGCAACCUCGGGCUCGUCUUGUGGCUUUGUGGACAAUACGGACCAAUCUGCGGGGUUCUGGAACAACGUCACGGGAACGAGUUGCGCAGUUUCUAUCUUCGAGGCUCUAAGUAAAAAGGGGGUCAGCUGGAAGAAUUAUUAUGAGACUGAUAUCGUCGACGCAUUCGUGUACAAGUGGGUCCAAGACAAUGCCAUGGACCGACUUGCGCAUGCAACCGAGCUAUAUCACGAUUUGGAGGCGGGCACCCUGCCUUCUUUCUCAUACCUGAAUCCAGAGUGCUGCACCAUCGACUCGAUGCAUCCGACAAGCAACAUGGCCGCUGGUGAACAAAUGGUCAAGCAUCUAUACGAUGCUCUGCGCCGUUCCAAAUACUGGGAUAAUGCCGUGUUGAUCAUCAAUUUCGACGAACACGGCGGAUUCGCUGAUCAUGUGCCAACUCCAAUCAAUGUACCCCAACCAGACGACGGGAUUAUAUUCAAGGGCAAGUCAUCAGGGCACAAUUUCACUUACGACUUUACCCGCCUCGGAGUACGCGUCCCCGCCUUCAUAAUCUCGCCAUGGGUACCAGCCAAUCUACUCAUUCACGACCAAGGCACCAAGUAUGCACCCGACUCGGUCUACACACAUAGCUCGAUUCUGCAUUUCCUGCAAGAGCUGUGGGAGCUCGAGGGCAUGAACAACCGAGUCCAGUGGGCCAAGACCUUUGAGACGAUCUUUAUGGAUCAUCGACGCGAUGAUACACCGAAGACACUCGUCAAGCCUACCUGGUAUGGCGGGAGUGGUCAGCCGGAGCCAGAUCCAUUUUUCCUCUUGAAUCAGGAUGAGAGUUACUAUGCGCGUCGUCAGGCCGAGGCGACAUGA